CCAUUGAUUCCUCCUCCCCAAAAUCCCAACAUCGUUCCCUUACCACCUCAUUAUUCCAUGCUUAAAGAAUCGGUUGACCACUUCCUAACUAAAUACAGGAACGGCGUCACUGAUUUCUGUGAUUUCAGCUCCAUAUUUUCUCGAAUGCUGCAGAGCAUGGCUGACCCGCCUUUGGGAGUCGUCUGGUUUUAUUCGGCCCUUGGGUUUCAUACGACCAAACUGGCAGUUCAGAUAGAAUCUUCGGGAAGAGCAGCAGUAGCCAAGGAUUUAUUUCAGCUGUUAGUCUCUUGUUCGGAUUAUUGUGGUUCGAUGAAAAGGAUUGCUAUUCUAGCUCCUUUUGUUUUUGAGUUGCACCGUUUGGUGGUCGAGGAGACCGACUUGAAGAGCGAGGUCCAGAGCUUAUUGGAAGGACUAAUUAGUUAUUGCAGCAUUUUCUGUGGCCAGGGGCUUCAAGAAGACAGCGAUGGGAUGACCAGUUUGGACCCAAGCUUCUUGGUUGUGAUUCCCGUGUGGAUAGUGGAUCAAUCUGGGGUUUGGGAUCACUCGAAAGAAUUUUUCCCCAUUAUCAGCGACCAACUUCGCGAGGGAAUAAAAUCGGGAUGUGAUAUUGGGUUCUUAGCUGGAAUCGUGAUGUGUGAAGCUCUCUUGUUGAAUUUGUGCCUGGAGUUCGAAUCAGGGAUUGCCAAAGCAGAGCAGGAGAAGAAGUUGCACGGUGUAGCAGUUCAGAACAUUACUGGGUUUCGUAAUUUUUAUUUUCUAGAUAUCCUUUCCAGGAUGAUGUUGGAGCCGGUUUUGCCAGUGGUCAACAUACUGGGUCCUGAAAAUGAAGUUCUUCUUAAAGAAGUCCUGUUCAAUGCUGUUAUGACGGUAGAGUACUCCUUCAUUAACCCUCAAGCAGGAAUUUCACUGUGUCCCAAAAGCUUGAAAGAUUUUGCUUUAACGUGGUUAUUUGUCACUGACUUCGCAAUCCAGUCUGCUAGGGACAAAGGCGAUCAAGAGAAAGCCGUUUCUUAUUUAAACGCCUUCUCUAGAUCAUGCAUACCUACGCAAUUGAUUAACUGGGUUACUAGUCAGAGUAAUGUUGGCGGAAUGAUUAGCCAACCAAAUGUUUCCACUCCCAUAGCUCUUAUAAAGUGGCUUCUAGCCGUUGAGGAUCAAGGACUGAGCAUCUUCGAUGGUGAUACUGCCAAGCUACGUGCAAAACCCAAGUAUUUCACAUCAAGAACUGAGUACGGUCCCCCAAUCAUAAAAAAUUCCUAUUACAAUGUGGGUAAGAAUCUCUUUCUACAUUCUCGUCACGGAGGGACAGAGGAAGAUAAACCGGACACCUGUGAUAUAGACAUGGAUGAUCCUAUGGACGCCAUGGUUUUGUCUGCGGACGAUAGAAUGAGCAAUAGCGACACUGACGGAACAAGAAAACGCAAAGAAUGUAUUGCGGAUGAGACUAAAGCAAAGGUAAAGUUUAUGAGGUGCCAGUUUCAGGAGAAUUCAAUGAGGGAAAACUCAAUUGUAUUCCGGCAGCAGUGACGACGCUUUGGAUGGUGGGAGCGAGCCGGAUUUUGAAAGUAACGGACGGGGCAACAACCGCACGUGGAUGCUAGGCAGGUCAGUCAUUUUCUGCUAGUAAACCGGAAGCAUAGAGAAGCCGGUCCGGUCCUUUGAUAGGAACCUCGCGUGUUUUGGAAGCUAGUUUAAACGAGCUUUCACGGUUGGAAUUUGUAGUUCAAUCUUGAAGAGGUGUCUUCCGGGGUAACCAUAGCUAUGACUGCCUGCUCUUAAUUCUUUGUUUCUGAAUUAGUCAUGAAAAGUUGUCCCUCUGUCAACUUCUGAUGCGUAUACUAGAAGUUACCCGAGCACGCGCUGCUUCGAAGGGAAAAAAGGAAAACAGGUGUCUUCUCAAAUAAUGCCGUUUAACGACCGAAAUAAAACUGAGCGCGUUAUUAUUAUGAAUGCAAACAAAAAAGAUUAUGAAUU